AGCCUUUGGCCCCGAGAUGGUUUGGCUUGCCCACGGCACACAGGGAGCCUCACUUAGGAGGAGAAUGACUUUCCUCUCCAUGCCUCCGUUUCCCUUUCUUAAAGGGGGGGUGGUGAUAGCAUCUCCUGUUAGUGAGCCGCGUGUGGAGGGAAUGAAGAAACAUGCGGGUAGAGCGCGCAGGGCAGGCCCUGGCUCAGGAUGCUCUCUCGGUGUUGGUGGGAGUAACUGGGAACCCAGCUCUGCUUAACGCGGUCAUCGCAGUUCCUUCUCUGAGGGAUCCCGUGACGUACGGGCUCUCAACUCCACUUUAAGGAGGGGAAACUGAGACUCAGAGAUGUUAAAGGACUUGCACAAAGUCACGAAAUCAUGUUCACUGGUCUUCCUGCUCCCAGAUCCUGCGCAGCCGAGGCUGUGUCAGCACCAAGGACUUCCAACAGCUCUUGGCAGAGGUAACACUCCCCCACUCCCUGCACUGCAGCUUGGCCCUUCCUCUAGAUUUGUGUCAGCAGUCUGAGGGGUUUCCCAGCCUCGGCCUGUCAGUCUCCGAUCGCUGAAGGACUCCUCAAUCCUCUGUACCUGCUUCCUGCUCCCCUCACCCUUACUCCUGCGUUCUGGCACCAGAAGAAUAGAAAUGGAGAAGUGCCAAGUUGUCUAUGACAUGCUCUUCUUAACAGCUUUGUGAGCUUCAGCAGGAGGUGGCGCGGCGGCAGAGGCUGGGGCAGGAGUCAGCUGCCAGGAAAGCCCUCAUCGCCAGUUCUUACCACCCAGCACGGCCAGAGGUUUACAAUUCACUGCAGGAUGCAGCUCUGGCUCCUGAGUUUCUGUCCGUUGCGGAGUACAGUGCAUCCCCAGGUGCAGACCUCCAGGGCCUUCUCCAGCGGCUGCAGACAGUGUCAGAAGAGAAGCGCAUCUACCGGGUGCCUGUAUUUACUGCGUCUUUCUGCCAAGCCCUGCUGGAGGAGCUGGAGCACUUUGAGCGGUCAGACAUGCCCAAGGGAAGGCCCAACACCAUGAACAAUUAUGGGGUGCUGCUGCAUGAGUUGGGCCUGGACGAACCACUGGUGACACCACUGCGGGAGCGCUUCCUGCAGCCAUUGAUGGCCCUGCUGUACCCAGACUGUGGUGGGGGCCGGCUUGACAGUCACCGUGCCUUUGUGGUCAAAUAUGCACCAGGCCAGGACCGUGAGCUGGGCUGCCACUAUGAUAAUGCUGAGCUCACUCUCAAUGUGGCCCUGGGCAAGGCCUUCACAGGAGGUGCCCUAUACUUUGGAGGCCUCUUCCAGGCACCAGCAGCCCUGACAGAGCCCCUGGAGGUGCAGCAUGUGGUGGGCCAGGGUGUUUUGCACCGGGGCGGACAGCUGCAUGGCGCCCGGCCGCUAGGCACUGGUGAGCGCUGGAACCUCGUGGUGUGGCUCCGGGCCUCUGCUGUGCGCAACCGCCUCUGUCCCAUGUGCUGCCGUGAGCCAGACCUGGUGGACGACGAGGGAUUUGGCGACGGCUUCACCCGGGAGGAGCCCACCACGGUGGAUGUGUGUGCGCUAACUUGAGCCUGGUUUGGCCCAGUGGUGGUGGGGAGGUGGUGUGGCAAGUGAGGACCUGCCAUCUCAGGUUGGAAGGGGCAGAAAUAAACUUGCAACCAUGGAACUCCUUGGAUCAAAAGGUUAGGCCAGCAUCUGGGUCAUUAUUUCUAGAGGUAGGCUGGCUUAGUGCAGGUUUGCUUGAAGCAGAGCUUGAUAUGGGAUUCAUGGAGGGUGGAUCCUCAGAGGGGAGUAAGGAAGCAGGAGAGGGUACUGAAAGUGGCUUCACAAAGAUGUGGUUUCAGGUGACAGUCCAGCAUCAGCCUGCUCCUGGGGAGCUCCAGAGCUAGAAUUCCCACCAGUUGGCUCCUAGUAACAGUUAGUGGCUCCUGGAUGGAGCUGCGAGGCAGGAGUAACUUCCCAGACAUCUGCCUCCAGGGGAGGGUGGCUCCCAGUGGCUGCAGGAGGCCUUCAAUGAAGAGUUAUCAGUGGUGGACAGCACCAAUUGCAACCUCUGAAUAGGUGUGAAAGGCUUACUUCGGAGAAAUCAAGAACAGAUUUCUGGAGCCAGACUACCUGGAUUCAGAUCCUGGCUCUGCCACUUUCCACUCUGUGGCCACGGGUGACCCACUGACCUCUAUGCUCUAGGUGCUAUUGUGAGAAUCCAAUGACCUAACACAGAUAAAGUGAUUUAUAUCA